AUGGCGUGCGGGGGGCCUGGGGAGCGGGUGCUGCGCGAGGGUCUGCUGGAGAAGCGGAGCGGGGGCCUGCUGCAGCGCUGGAAGCGCAAGCGGUGCCUGCUGAGCGAGCGGGGGCUGCGCCUCUUGGCUCCCGGGCGCCGUCCGGGGGACUCCUCCUCCUCCUGCUGCUGCUGCUGCUGCUGGAGCCUCGGGGGCUACAAGGAGCUGUCCUUCGGGCGCCUGCGGGGCGUGGAGUGCGUGGAGGGCAGGCGGCGCCACGUCUACUUCACCCUGGUCACCCGCGAGGGCCAGGAGAUCGACUUCCGAUGCCCCCGAGAGGAGCAGCCCCCCUGGAACGCCGAGAUCGCCCUGGCCCUGGCCCGCUUCCAGAACCAGCAGGCGCUCCAGAGGCUCCGCGCCCGACUCUCCUCCGGAGGCCCAGGUCAGGCUCAGCAAGGACCCCUCCCUCCAAUACUAGCACUGCAACACGUGGCAGCUCCAAACAGCCAGAUUCUCAUGAAUGGAUCAAAAGAGCCAGAUCCUAAGCGGAACAUAGAGAGAGUAGAGGAGUUGAUGGUUGUGAACUCACCUGCCAAUGGACAGAAGGCAAUUUCCACCUGCAACUGAAUGAAGACCUGUUAGUUCUCUUCUGUGGCAUUGGCGAUACAAGAGAAAACAAUGCCAGAAGCAUCCAGCAAAACCUGGAUAGCAAGUUAUAGAAAGAAUGGACUGCCACUUUUGAUUUCUUAGCAUGGCUCAGACAAAGUCUCCUGUCAAAGUGUUGUGGGCAGAUAGAUUGACUGUCUGCCCUCAACUGCCUUUUCUAUGGUGAACUUAGUGGGAUAGAUUCAAGAUACAGAUGCAGCAAUAUGAUAAAGAGGAUCAUUCCAUUGUUUGGUUUCCCACCAGCCUGAUGCUGGAUGGGCAAUGUUGGAAGCAACUGAAGUUAGAUGAUUGAAGAGAACUGUAUGAGCUGAACAUGCCAGAUGCCAUCAGUUGCAAGAAGACAUUCCUCCAUAGUGAACCAAGUGGUGAUCUUGGAAGGGACAACUGAAAACCAUUCCAUUUUCCUUCCUGUUUCCUUGCCUGAGAAGCCAUGUGUUAUUAGGAAGAUGCCUGCAGGAUUAAUUAGACUGGAUACAAAUUUAAGCACCUUCACAAGGAGCUCAUGUGAGAUGCUGGAUUUCUGAGACUUCCUAAAAUGAGCCCCUUCUAUAAUAAUUGUUCCUUGAGGCCUUCUUUUUAUAUCUAAAGAACAGGGAGAAUGCUGGCUGAGUCAGCCUCUUGCUCUGACAAGCUGAGUCACUCUAGUGCCUUAUGUUGUGCAAAAGUGCACAGGUGUUGAUGCAUUGAAUUAGAUACUGUUAUCACAGGCAGUGAUGUUGUUAGAAAUUUUUUUAUAGUUUUGAAUGCCUGCCAGGUAGGCCAAGGUGCAGCAGUGCCCCUUCACCUUGACACAAUGAAUACCACUGCCACUUCUUCUCUGUUUGAUUACUCCAAGGCCCAGUAACAUACUUUGGGGCAUGGAAAAGAGGCAGGCAUAGGAAGAUGGGUAUCUCCAAGUGACUUGCUGAAGCAUCUUCAUCCAUCAAGACUGGGACUGGGAAUAUUGCUCUCAGACUUUCCAGUAAAAAUAUAGGUUAUUCAUGUAAUUUUCAAGGGAAAGGCUCUCUGAGUUAUGGGUCACUACAGAGAUACGUGUGUAGGGGUCAUGGGGCUGUAUGUGUCAUCCUUAAACCCAGUAUCCCAUUCUCCUUGUUUUGGACCUUUCCAGACUGGCUAGAUGACUCCAAAGGGUACUUCUGCAACACUUCAAUGGGUGGACUAGAAUAGAAGCUUCUGCAUAAUCAAGAACUCUGCUUUAAUAGAGUUCCUGAUCACAUACAGGGUUCUAUUUUAAUUCAAAGGAACUAAUGUACAAUCCUUUCCCACUGAAUACAAAAAUAUUGGCAAUCUGGCAGUGCCAAUGUGAGUGGGGGUGAGCAUAUAAGGGCAGAACUAGAACAGCUACCCCUUUGCCAAACCUACAAGUAGAGCUUUUGCAUUGUAGAACUGGAGAGGGUCUCUAAAGGCAUUUGGUCCAACCUCCUGCUGAUGCAGAAAACCUACUACAAUAAUUCUCUGUUAUUAACAUUUCAUGAAAUUAAUGUACAUGUUUGUCUUUAUAAAACUGCCUUUUUCAUUA